AUGUCCGCCGCAUCCGCCUCUGCGGCUCACCCGCCGGAAGACAUCCGCGGAAGCCUCAUACCCGUUCUCCCGGACGACCUGGCCCUCCACUGCCUCGCGCUCCUCCCGCGCGCCGCGCACCCUUCCCUCGCCCUCGUCUCCCGCGCGCUGCACGACCUCCUCUGCCGCCACCCGGAGCCCCUCCUGGCCGCCCGGCGCCGCCUCCGCCGCUCCGACCCGCACAUCAUCAUCUCCGUCCGGCCACCCUACCCCGCGUCCCCGCGCUUCUUCCUGCUGCUCCCGCACCCCGGAUGGCCCCCUCUGCCGCUCCCCGCCCCUCCGAUCCCCGUCUCCUCCUCCUCCACGGUCGCCGCCGCCGGGCACCGGCUCUUCCUCGUCGGCGGGUCCGUCGCCGGGAUCCCCGCCACAUCUAUCCAAAUCCUCGACGCCCGCACCAGAUCCUGGUCCAUCGGCCCGCGCCUCUCCUCCCCGCGGGAGUUCGCCGCCGCCGCGGUCCUCCCCGGCGCGCUGCUCGUCGCCGGGGGCUGUCUCCCGUCCUCCCCCUUCUGGGCGGAGACCCUCGGUCUCGAUCCCCCGUGCGCCAAGUGGUCCCCGGUGCCCAGCCCGGACCACCUCCGGGAGAAGUGGAUGCACGGCUGCGUGUCGCUCGCCGGGAAGGUGCUCGCGGUGGCCGACCGCGGCGGCUUGUUGUACGACCCCGCGGCGCCGCCUGCCGAGGCGUGGGCGCCGGUUUCGCCCGCCCUUGACAUGGGGUGGAAGGGCCGUGCUGCUGUGGUCGGCGGGAUCCUCUACUCCUACGACUUCAUGGGGCAGGUCAAGGGCUACGACGUGGACACUGAUGCCUGGAGCACGGUGGAAGGGCUGGAGAAGGAGCUGCCCAGGUUCCUGUGCGGCGCCACUCUCGCCAAUGUCGGCGGGCUGCUCUACCUGGUGUGGGAAGGGAAGUGUAAAGAGAAGGCCAGUAAGGAAGAAGGCAAAGCCAAGGGCAUGGUGGUGAUUGAAUGGGCUACCAUUGAGGUGAUGAGGGUUGAAGAGGGGCGGUUAAUUGGGAAGGUGAUAUCCAGGGACACUAUUCUGUUCACAGACAUGCCGCGGGGGUCAGCAAUCACACAUUGUAUCGCAUUGGAUCUAUGACAUGGUCACUGCAGAUGAGAAGCAAUGAGAAUGCAUGUUUGAAAAGAUUACUAUGGGACAAGACUUGAAAAGCCC